CUUGAGCAAGCUGAUGAUGAUACUUUAUAUUCCCCCCCCCAGGUUCUCUGCUGAGUCUGCUCUCCUUCUAUCCUCUACCUUAAUUGAAAGUGAUAUGGCCAGAAGUUCUUUCCAACACCAAUAAUACCCCUAUCCUUUUCGCCACUGAUCCCUAAACCAUGGAAUCUCGUCCAGAUCCGUCCCAAGAAUCCGCGUUGCUAUCCCAUUCUCUUCAUCAUGCCCUAAUAGAUCUCCAUGAAAACUCCUAUCCUCAUGUCCCUAAUCCACCUCGAUGCAAGAAACGAGCCUCCGUCGCUCUAGUCCUCCGAAUCCGGCCUACUUACAGCCACCGACCCGAUCGGUUGUCGCCGUUUCAGAAUGACAACGCCGCUCCCGUCAAGCAGCAGCUCCAUACUUUCUUCUCCCAAUCGUGGGUCCAACACGGAGAUCCUGAGGCUCUGUUCAUCAAACGAUCCUCGCGUGUCGGGGAUCGCUGGACCGGCCACAUUGCUCUUCCGGGAGGAAAGCGAGACCCCGAGGAUGUGGACGACCGUGCGGCUGCGAUUCGCGAGGCCUCGGAAGAAGUGGGCCUGGACUUGACGACCGACGGCUGCAUCUACGUGGGGAAUUUGCCGGAACGAGUGGUGACUUCCAGCUGGGGCAGUAUACCGUUAAUGGUCUUGUGCCCCUAUGUCUUUUUGCUCACAAGCUGCGAUUCUCCAGCCCUCGAACUCCAACCGGCCGAGGUUGCGUCAACCCAUUGGGUGUCUCUGAGUGUUCUCCUCUCACCUUCAUCGCGAACGGUAGAAAAUGUUGACAUGUCGCAGCGGCUUGCAAGCACAGGUGGGCUCAUGGCCGGUCUCGCAAGCCGUGCAAUAAUGGGUUGGAUGCAGUUUUCCGCCAUUCAAUUAAACCCCACUGAAACUUUGCACUGCAGUCAAAACCUGAAGCGCAGUUUAAAAAGGGCUCAAGUGACAACUUGGUUUCAGCGCUGGAAAUCGUGGCUUUGCAACAAGCAACCUCAUUCACCCUUCCAGAACCCUCCACUCCUCCUCUGGGGGCUGACCCUUGGCAUUCUAGCGGACUUUUUAGACAUGCUGCCGCCUUACACGGCUGUACAGCUGUGGAACUAUCCCAACUUCACACCUCUUGAUCUGCGCUUCAUUGUCAAUCUUCUUACGUACAAGUUACGCAAAAGUAACAUGCGCCAGGUCAGAUUCGGAAUCCCGCCUCAGCCAAACAAUACGGCGUUAGACGGCGAAACAGCCGCCCUACCUGUAGUUGAAGUACAAGACAACGAUGACCGCAAUGAUGUCGGGAUCGGUGGACUGGGGGUGGGCAGAUAUUACGGGCCGUCCGACAAGAGUCCAGAUGGAACCGCCUACGCAGUGGGCAUCAUGCUUCGAGGGUAUUACCAAAGGGUCCGCAUUGCCAUUUACAUCUUCCUUGUAUGGCGAACGAUUCUAGGCUCCACGGCCGCUUAUUGUGUCUGGAAGAUCCUUCAAAGACGAUUGACUGUAUAGCAUCUUGAAUUCUCUAGGUACAUAAAAUCGCGAUAAUAUAUACAUAAAAUAAGAAUUC